GAGUUUGGAGAAUGGGAGGGGAUUCUGAGAUAUAUGUUGGUGUUAAAUGUAUAAAAGAGAACUUAGAGAUAGAAAUAUAUUGGUUUUGAAAGUAGACCAGCUGAGAGAAAGAGAGAGAGAGAGAUUGGUUUGAAGCAUAGUGAGAGAGACGCGAAACUGUCAUGGCCUCAAAGUCUUCAGGGCCCCCAUAUCCCAGCGUUUCCAGACUAGAAGACUCUAUGUGCUUUCCUCAAUACUCUGCUUCUCUCAAAUGCCUGGAUGAUUCGAACUACGACAAGAGCAAGUGUCAGGACCAGUUUGAUGCUUACAAGGAAUGCAAGAAAAAGGAGAGGGAAGAACGUUUGGAGCGCAACCGAAAGAGAUCCUUCUUCCAAUGAAUUAGAUGGUCCACACCCAGAGUAAAAAAAUGAAUAUCAAUGCCUUCUUUCAUCUGGAAGGCCUCCAUCAACUAUUGCAAGAUACUACACUUUAUGAAAUUUUUCGUCUCUCCAGGUGAUUGGCUGCAUUAUUGAGAAAAUCAAGUUUUCUCAUUCUUUCCCUACUUGGAGAUGUUGAUUGAAUCAAUGAAUGCGCCCUUUUAUCAAUUUAAUCUUAGAAGAUGAUCAUAUUGGAUAUGGUGGGAUAAUCAUGUUAUUCAAAUAUUUCAAUCUAA